GUUUACGGCCGUAUCGCGUAAUUUCAGCGAUACCCGGGUGUUCGAGAGGUGAGUGGGUAAGGCACCCGUGGUACCUGUACGUGGCUACGCAUAAUGUGCGUUUACGGUGAAUGAGUACUAAAGCAGUUCGCUAUAUAAUAUACAGUGCCCGUCGAAACCUUUUUAACGGGCAUUUCAACCAUUUAAAGAUGUUUGUUCGGCGAGCUGUUUUGUAUUAGCAAAAGAUUUAAUCGUGUGCGAUACAGGCGAGCACCGAGUACCCGGCCGAUCGGCGAUAAAUAAAAAUAUACAAAUUUUCAAGUAUCUGACUACACCUACCGAGCCUGUAAAUAUUGUGCAAUAAUAACGCGAGGCGGCUUUCUCUACAGGAGCGAGUGUUUAAUUAACGCGAUCCUUAAUCGGCGGAAAUUGUCCGAUCCAGCUUGACCGGAAUACGUCGGAAUCGCAAUAAUUGUAUUUCCUUCCGGUUUUUAUGCAAAGUAAGUACCUAUUUCAAAUCAUUUUAGGGCCCGAGCGGAACGAGAAAUGUAUUGGUUUUACAAUUAUGUUUAAUAUUUUUAUUAUUAUUAUUUUUUUUUUUUUUUAUGUAAACACUUUUUCUACCAGAAAUCCUAAUCUGAUUAUCAAGUGUAGCGUAUUUUCUGAAAGGAAAUCUCACUGGUGUGGGAUACUGUAAGAGGUUAUUUUUUGAUUUUCCCACGGGUUUCCAUAAUAAUUUUGGAAAAACCCCCAAAAAAAUGUGGAAAAAACGGGAAAAUUCAUAAAAUGUAUUAUUUUCAAAUCGUAUAUACUCGUAUUACGGCUUUUUAAAACCGUUUGAAUUGUUGGAAUAUUUUUUUAUUAUUUUUUUUUUAUUUUUGUGAACUUUGUGGUGUCAUCUUCGUGUAACUACUCUAUAGAGAGGUCAUUUUUUUAAAUUCUCAUUAAUAUUCGAGAUAAUGAGGAAAACCUGGUUCUUUAGGUUAAAAAAGGUUGAAAGAUUUAAAAUAAGGUUUUCAUUCGCAACCGUUUUUAUUUAUUUUUUUUGUUAUUAUUAAAUUUUUAUUAUUUUAAUUUUUUUUUAAACAAUCAUUGUUAUGAUGGAAACGCGCAUUGUUGUAAUAAUUUCAUCAUAAUAUGACAUUACAUAUAUAUAUAUUGUUGACAAAGCAACACUAUCAACUGAACUCCACUCAGAAUCGGUUUUUUGUUAGCAAUGGUUUAUCGUUUCUUACAGAUAUACAUUAAAUUCCCGUCUGUAUCCUAUCUUCCCAACUUCCCACCAACAACAGUGGCUGUACUCGCGUUUACUCAUAAAUUCAACAUGUGUAAGUGAAUGUUUGUCAUCUACACUUGAAUAAUUUAAAUGCUUACAAAUGGUUGACAUUAAAAAUAAUAGGUAAUAAUUUAAAAAUUAAUUAAAUUAUGUAUAUUUUUGUCGUAGAAAUUAUUUUUUGUUCGUUCAAAAUUGUGUCGGAAUUAUAAUUAAAAAUGUACACGUUCUUUCAAAUUUUUCAUUUUUUGUUCAAGAUAUCGACGAUCAAAUUUCCAAGUAUCUAAUUCAACGUGUUCUGAUUAAAAACAACGAUAAGAAAUGUAGGUACAAGUUGAUAAUAGUAGUAAAGGUAAAGUUUCGGGCGAUUCGACCGAAAUACGUUUUCGGUUGAAAUAUUUUCGACUAAAAUACGGUUCGGCUGUUUUAUAGCCGACCCCUCGCCCGUGUUGAUUAUCAUUUAUCACCGCGUGCGAUUUGUGAUAACGCGAACGCUAUUUAAAAGAUAAGGAAAUUCGGUAAUUUAAGAAAAUUACAAUAUUUUAUCACUGCAGCGCGCUACGUAGUAGGUUACAUUGGACAUCGUUGUUUUCCGGACUUCGAACGGUGGUCGGCGGCUAUCCGCUGUUUUCCGCGUUAAAACGUUAUUAUUGCGGCGGAAUACGUUUUACGAGUUAAUCCAUCAUUUUACGGACCUAUUCCCGCCGCGUGUGCGUAACAUGUAGCCUUUGUUUUUAAAAAAUGUACCGUGGCCAUUGGUUGUGACGUCGCGAGGGUAACUUCUUGUUUUUCGAAUUCGUUGGAUAUCGUUUGUAUUUUUUUAUGUUUUAUGCACCGACCAAAAAGCGGAUCCCAAGUGUCCAAUCGUUGUCACCGUCAAUCUCCAUCAUCUGAAACACUCGAAUGUGUGUGAGAUGCCAUUCUACCGCGGCAUGUCCGGUGGACCGUCUGCAUAAAACUUUCUGACAAUCAUCUGGUCACGGUAAUAUUUGGACAACACUCGGGCAAAAAUCUGUGUUCAAUGUGCAUUACACGUUAAUUCUUAACUAAAUUUUCAGCUGAAGAAGAUGAACGUUACUGUCACCAACCUCACCAGUAACGUAGUGUCCACGGCUUUGGCACCGAUUAAAUCAUUAGGCAUUCCACAUCCUCCGGUUCCAGUCAACCCACUUACUGUAAUAGCAAUCGUUGUUGUUGUUUUUUUAAUGAUUUUUGGAGUAAGCUAACAAUAACAGUAAUACAACUAUUUUAAAUGAAUUUCAAAUAAAAAUGCCCAACUAUGCUUACAGUUAGUAAUAGCAAUACGGAGAAAGAGAAGACUGGACAGGCUACGGCAUUCGUUGAUACCGUUCUAUUCAUUUGAUGCUAACGAAGAGGAAGACUGGGAUUCAGAUCUGUUACAAAAUGAAGGGGGCACUCCAACAAUUCGAGUAAGAGAUUUUUGGCUUCUGUAUAUUAUAUGAAGUUUUUGUUUGUACCAAAUAAAUAUAACAUAUCUUACAAGAUGUGAUAUGAUAAACUAAAAAUAUUAUUUCAAACAUUUAGGCAAACUUUAUAUAGGUAGUCUUAGGUAGGUAUAUAAACAACAACAAAUUGACAUUUGCAUUUUUUUUGUAAAUUAUUUGUCAAUAAUAUAGUUGUCACCAAUGUUCCCCUGGAGUUUAACGCCUCAAAUUAUUUAUAAACUUUUUAAAUUAACACAUCUCUUUACUGUGUUAAAAUUUGUAUGUAUAGAAUUUUAACUCCUUAUUAGUUGCUGCUAUUAAUAAUUAGAAAUGCUAACUUAUACAAAUAAUACUGGUUACCUAUUUACUAUUGAUUUCAACCCGUAGCAAUUUAGAUUUAGGUACAUUUUCAAUCAUCUUUAUUGUAGAGAAAUUAUAAUAUAUUAUUAUAUUAUAGUCCUUUACUUCUUUCGAUUUUGUUUUUCAACAACGCAACUUUGUUAUUCAAUUACUUUUGUAUUUUGGUUUAAAAAUAAGUGUUCAGAAAUGUCUAGAUAACAUAACAUACUAAUAUUAUAUACUUUAUUUUUCUGGAAAUUUAAUUGUUAUACUAUUGUGUAUAAUGCUUUAUUGGAUAUCUUUUAGCAGCAUGGUCAGACAUUUAGACACGAGGGCAGUUUCCACAGCUGGCAUGAGAGAUUUAGUCCAAUUCAAAGGUUACCUUUAUCCAAAAAAAUACAAUAAUGAUUGCUUGAUAUUGUACUAUGUUGAAUAACAUAAAAUAAUUUAUUUUGAUUUUGCGUGAUUGCAUUGAUAAGAUCUGUUCUAUGUGUAGAUAAUAAUAUAGUAAACUUUCUUAUUUCCAAAUUAGAAACCACUGCCAUAGUACUUAUUGAUAACCUGUCUAGUUUUAGUCAGUUAGCAUCAAUGUUUUGAUCAUUAUCCGAUGUUUGUUUUUUAUCAAACAGAAAUUGCUUGACUGUAUGAGUUUAAAUUAUUAUUUUAUUUUUACUAAUUAGCAAUAAAAAAAAUGAAUACCUGUUAUUUAAAAAUAAAAUAAUAAUUUUUCAACCAUAAAUUACCUACUGAAUAAUGUAUUGUUCAUACAUUAUGAAACUGUCUAAUAUAGUACACUGUCCAUAUCUGUUUUGCAAGAAUUUUUCAUAUGUAGUUAAAAAGUUAGUGUUGUUAAUUUAACCUAGGAAAAUUAUUGUUUGCUUGUAGUUUUGACAGUUUUCAUUUUUUAGUUUGGCAAUUAUAUUUAUAGUGACAUAUUUAAUUUGAUAUUUAUGCAAAAAUAUUGUCACAUCCGUGCAAUUUAUUUAUUUUGUUCUUAUAUUGGUGUUGUAAACAUUUUCAGAGCUAUGGAUCAGUCGAACUGAACAUUAUGGCUUUGGACUCCGAAAACAAAAAAAGAUCAUACCUAUUCUAAGAGUAUUUUUGUAACUGUUGCCAUAUGUGUUAUAUUCUAUAUUAGUAUCGUAAAUUGCAUAUUGCCUGGUCACAUUGUGUAGAAAGAAAAUGCCUGCGAUUGCACUUUCUAUCUAUCACUAGAAGUUUGUUUUUACUAAUUACUGACAAUCACCAUGGUGUCACUUUAAAUACUGUCCAUUGUCACCAAAAAGAAAGUGAUUUGUCUUGUCUUACUGUUAUUGGGCAAUAUUUAUACAAGAUUAUUGUGUUUAUAAAAGUGUAUUUUUAAAGAUGGUAUUGUUGUUGUUAUUAGCUAUUUUAUAAAUCUACUUAAUUGUAUAUAAGUGUACACACACACACACAUUCAUUCACUAACCUCAAGCUUGAUGCUCAAUUUUAAUUUUAUUUAUGUGACUUAUUUUAAAGCUUUCAGCAGCUUCACUUUAUAAUUUUUUUUUUUUUAUAUAUAAUUUGUAUUACAAUGAACUUGUAUAAUUUGAACAAAGUACUUAACUUAACUGUUAUAUACACGUAUUGUAUACUUGUAUUGUUGAAUCAUUAAAAAUUGGUUAUGGAUUAAAAGUGACCAUUAAAAAUUUGUUCCUAAUGUUAGCGGUGUUUAUUAAUGAGUCAAUAGCUAUAAAAUUAUUUAACCAUUUUGUUUAUAUAUACACUUAAAUUUUAAGUUAAAGAUAUGAAAAUUUUGAAUUUACACGAUUUAUGAUUUCCAAUUUAAAAAUUGUACUGUUCAUUAAAUUAAAAACCGACUGAAUUAGUUUACUAGUCACUUAUUAUAGGGAAUAUUGAAUCUGCUAAAUGUUUAUGUUGAUUAAAAGUUAUUAUUGCUUAAA